AUGGCAUCAAUGGCCCAGUCAGACGACGAAGAUGAAUGGGAGUACGAAUACGACGACACCGAAACCGAGGACUUCUACAUCACCUUGGACCUAUCGAAUGUGCAAGAGAAGGGGGGAGACGCACCCGUGUCCGGGCGCCCAAUCCAGCCUUCGCUGAGCGGUCAUCCGCUCCUACUGCAGAGCAGACUGAGGGCCCUCAAUCAGAAAAUGUAUGCGAAUGUUGCAAACGCCAGCACAACGGAUGGUGGUGCGGAGCCAGCUCCUCCCGUGGAAUCCAUCCAAAUCACCGGGCUUCACACACGCAACCCCCUCGUCAAGUACCGAGAUAAAUUGCUUAGCUGCACGUGGGCAUCGACGGUUGGGACGGAUAUGCUGUUCGUGAAGCCCGGACCUGAUUCUUCGGGCGCAGACCGACCGCUGCGUUCGCUACCAUCUGUUGAUCUCCUGGGGCUGAGCUCGACGAAGUUGGUGGCGACGGAAGCACGCCUACGACCUCGAGAUGAGGUUUACGAGAAUAUGUCGGUGGAUGGGGAGACGACUACGGCCAGAACUGCGGCUGCACGUGGGAACGCUCAAACUGGCUCUGAGCUCACGGAAGAGCCACGGGGCGCUCCGGUUGCCAGUAGCUUUUUGUCGAGAUUGAACGAUCUCAAAGCGAAACGGGGCGAGAAGUCUCGGCUGGCAGUAUCCGAGACGCGAUUCGGAACUCGUUUGCGGAGUGAGCAAGAGUCCAAUAAUGUCAGUGAGACGGUCCCUGGAACAGCAUCAGACGUCGAAAUGAGGGAUGCCGAGGGUACUGGGUGAGAGAGUUGGAUCUCGGGGCAGCUAUAAUAGCAAGAUGAAGCAUCCAGGACCCCAUGGAUCAAGUCGGGUUUACAAAACUCGUUGGCCCGAUCGGAACGCCAUGGCAUACAGCAUGCCUAUCCGACGGCGACGGUGGAAGCCGUCAUGAAACGA